AUGAGUCAACCAAAUCCAAAUGUCAUCAUUGUAGGCGCUGGGAUUUCAGGCAUCAAAGCUGCAGUCGAUCUCAAAAGCAAUGGCGUGAAUGCGUUGAUUUUAGAGGGUAGGGACCGUAUUGGAGGUAGGUUGGUUGCGACUCAUGAAACCUCAGUCUCAUUGGAUUUGGGGGCAUCCUGGUUUCAUCGUGUUCCUGACAAUGUCCUAUAUGAGAAAGUUAUCAAUAAAGAAUACAAGUCUCCGGUUGAAUUUACCUUUGAUGACUCGAAUGUCAAAAUUAUGGCCAAGCCAGUAGAUUUGUUGCCAUUUUGGCAGUUUGUCAAGUCCCAGCCUCAAGACGACACCUUACGGAAUUUUGUUUAUAAGUACUUGCAAACUACAAAGCUUAAUGAAGUUGAUACCCAAGAUUUUAUUAAGUUUGUUAGGGGUACCUCUGAGAUUGGUGGUGCUGGCAAUUGGUGUUAUAUAUCCGGUAAGAAUGCUGUCCCGCCGUCAGAAACUCAAGGCAGAGAUGCCUUUGUCACCAGCACAUAUGCCCAAAUUCUACAGCAAGAAGCUUCUUACUUGGACCCCUUUCAAAUAAUUACAUCGUCCAAGGUCACCGAAAUCAUCAAAAACACUGCCAGCUCAACAUAUACAGUUAAGACCUCAUCCGGAGUUACUUACUCCGCAGACUUUGUUAUUGUGACGGUGCCUCUAGGGGUUCUCAAAAGUGAUGACAUUUCAUUUACUCCUCCACUCCCUACAUCUAUUUCCAGCCAAUUGAACAAAGUCCAAAUGGGAAACAUUGCGAAAGUAAUAUUUGAGUUUGAAACUGUUUUCUGGGAUGAAACUGUGGACAAAUGGCUUUUGUUUCCCGAAACACAUCCGGAAGAGGGCAACAAAUUUGGUCAUUUGCCUUUAGAAUAUGAACCUUCCUCAAGUGAAUUCACUGCUCUUGUUUGCAACAUUUUCAAAUCAAAAAGUGCUAAGAUCCUAGUGACAUUGGUUAGCGCUCCCAUAGCUAUAUACCUUGAGGCUCACCCCCAGGAAGCCUGGAACCUUUUGAAACCGAUGUACUCUCAGAUUUCUGCGUGCGACGAAUCCGAGAUUCCUAAACCUGUUAAGCAGGUGGUAACAUCCUGGUCGUUGGACCCAUUUAGCAAGGGCUCUGUUUCUGCUACAGGUCCUGAGGAUAUUCCCCUCAUUAAAGAGUUUAUACAAGGAGUAGGAAACUUGCGCUUUGCCGGGGAACAUACAAGUGAUGUAGCCAGGACUCAAGCCCACGGGGCUUACCUCACUGGUCAACGAGAAGCCAGCUUUAUUAUUAGAGAUAUAUAUAAAUGUUGA